CUGGGCAUACGAUUCGAGAUGCCGAGUCCACGCACAGUGGCUACCCAGAUGAGAGCGCGAUCCUGCCAUGGAACUACAGCGUAUAUAACACGCCCAUCCCCUCCCACUAACCCCUGAAUCCCAGGACACAAUUCCCAUUCAGAUCCAAUAACCCAGAUACCCAACAACCAUGGUCCUCACAAUCCACCACCUCCACGUCUCCCAAUCCGAACGCCUCCCCUGGCUCUGCGAAGAACUCGCCAUCCCCUACGAGCUGAAAACCUACCACCGCGCGCCCCUCCUCGCCCCGGUGGACUACAAAGCCCUCCACCCCGCCGCCACCGCACCCAUCAUCCAAGACGGGCCCUUGACCCUCGCCGAAAGCUGCGCCUGCAUCGAAUACAUCUGUCACCGUUACGCCGGGGGUAAACUCUUCCUGCCUCCGUCGCACCCUGGUUAUUCGGACUUUCUCUACUGGUGGCACUGGGUGGAUGGGACGUUUGCGCCGAGUGUGACGCGGUCGAUGAUGAUGCGGGGGGCGGGUGUGGAUCAGGAGAAUCAGUUUAUGGUGAUGACGAAGACGAGGCUGCGGAGGGGGCUGGAGGCGUUGGAGGAGAGGUUUAGCACGAAUGAGUGGUUGGCCGGGGAGGUGUUCACGGUGGCGGAUAUUAUGGUGGUGUUUUUGUUAUCGACGUUUCGGUAUUUUGAGCCGUUUAGUUUGACGGAGUAUGCGAGUGUUGUGGAGUUUUUGGGGAGGGUUGGGAAGAGAGAGGCGUAUCAGGUGGCGAUGAGGAAGUGUGAGCCGGAUAUGGAGUUGUUGUUGGGGGCGGAGGGUCCGGAGAGGUCGUUUAUGGAGAUGAGCAAGUAG